AUGGUGAACAAGCCCAUGCGGUGCGCGAGCAAGGCCGCCGAGAGCGCGUCCGCACGUCUCUGUGCGGACGCCGAAGCAGAAACUGCAGCAACUGAUGUCUCAUCGGUUGCUGAAGCGACUCAGCCUGUGUCACUUGGUGAUGCAGGCGCUGGUCAUGAAGACACUCAUGUCUUCACAGAGCAUGAGCUCGGUGUCUCAUACUCUCCUGAUACGGAAGACGGAUCCGUAUCGACGGCGAUCGAAUCCAAGCCGCCUGCCAAGCGUGGCAUGGAAUAUGCUAUGCGUCGUAGCAUCUUUGGUUUAUCUGAUGAAUCAGAUGAACCAUCGCCGAAGCGAAGGCUCUCGAGGUCGCGAGACUCGGGCGCUAACAGUGGUGUCGGUUCUCCUAUGGACACCACUUCGCAACGAGGUGCCAGUCCUUCUGUCGGCACGUCGCAGGAAGAGCGGGACCGCAAUGUGUUGCGUCUCGCUCCUGAGAAGAAGGCAUGGAUGCCUCCUAAAUCUGUCAUGGAUCACUUGUCAGCGACGACGAGUGAUCGUUAUCGAACACGGUUGUUCGAUUCGUCAAAGAUCCAUCACCUUGACCCCAGUGCGAAAAACUAUCGCGCUGAACAUGAAUUCUUCAUAUAUGCUUUCUUUAGACAUCGAUGGUACAGUGGGAAUCACAAGCGUGAUGGUCCCUCACUACUUCAAGCGUGA